UCCAAUUCUUCCUGCUUCUUGUGGCAGCCUUGGUUGCCAAAAAUGAUGCUGCCAAACAGAAGGAAUGGAUGGAAUGUUUCAAUGAAACCGAUUAUGAGGAACUCUUAGGGAUUGCCAAAAAUGGGCUGGACAAAACUUCAAAGCCAAAGACCAUUGUGAUUGUUGGAGCAGGAAUAAGCGGACUCACUGCUGCCAAAUUACUAAAAGAUGCUGGGCAUCAGGUAACAGUUCUGGAAGCCAGCGAGCGUGUGGGUGGCCGGAUAAAGACCUAUCGUGAAGAAGACUGGUAUAUGGACUUGGGGCCCAUGCGUGUGCCCCAAAAACACAAAAUUGUUCGAGAAUAUCUGAAGAAAUUCAAUCUCACCAUAAAUCCUUUUGUUCAGAUGGAUGAGAAUGCCUGGUAUUUGGUCAGGAACAUAAGAAAAAGGGUGAGAGACGUGAUGGCCAAUCCGGAUGUGUUUGGAUACCCAGUGAAGCCCAAUGAGAAGGGAGUAUCUGCUUAUGAUCUCUUUGACAGAGCACUGAGCAAGCUAACAAACAACUGCACACUGUUAAAGACAUACGACUCAUUUUCCACCAUGGAUCACACUGAAUGUGAUCAGAGAUGCCAAGAGCCCCAAUGGAUCCCCAGACAAAGACUCCUAUUGAGUAUAGAUGGCUACUUGCCAUGGUGACUGAAGAGGAACUCAUAGAGUUGUUGGUCUCCUGUUGGUGGCGGGCAAUCCCCCUCUUCCAGCAUCCUAAUAUCUGCC